AUGUCUAACAACGAGAAAGACGAAAUAGUAAGGCAAGAAAUGCUUGAAGAACUAAAUUCACAUAAACGGAAAUUCGAUAAUAUCGCGGAAAAGCUGCAAUCGAUCGAAGAAUCUAUUUCAAAAAUUCCAAAAAUUGAUGACGACGAGAAGAAAUUGAUAGAAGAUUCAAAUGUUUUGAAUAAUCGAAACAACAAAAAACUAGAAUCUGGAAAAAGAUUUGUGUUGAAGCAUGUUUUCAAAAAUGUCGUGAAUUUAGGAAACGAUGUCUCUUAUUCCGCCGGAGGUGUCGAGCAUUUCAAUAUUAAUUGGUACAUGGCAAUAGAACGCAAUGAAAGUUUUCUCGAAUUUUAUUUUUAUUUCAAGACCAUUGCCCCUGUCGGAGAUGACUGGUCGAUUGACACAAAAGUGGAGUUCAGAAUGAUGGGAAAUAACAACAACAAUGUUAUCAAAACCGCAAGAAACUGUUUUAAAACGGAAGAAGAAUAUGGUAUGGGUGAAAUCAAGUCGAUUGAAGAUAUACGAUCUGUAAUUCCCGAAAAUGUCGAUGAUUAUGACCAUCAAACUACGUUCGAGCUCCUCGGAAAAUUUAAUUUUUUCAUUAACCUGUUAAAUCGUCUUUUAAAGUUGUUACAAAUAUUUUCUGUGUUCUGA